CUUUGUUUCCCACCAGAUAGUCCCAGUUCACCAGCAGAAUGACCACGGAAAGAGACUCAGAAACAACAUUUGAGGAGGACUCUCAGCCCAAUGAUGAAGUGGUCCCCUACAGCGAUGAUGAAACCGAAGAUGAGCUGGAUGACCAGGGGCCUGCCGCUGAGCCAGAGCAGAAUCGGAUCAACAGAGAAGCCGAGCAAGGCCGGGACACCUUCAGGAAAGAUUGCACUUGGCAAGUUAAAGCGAAUGAUCGAAAGUACCACGAACAACCUCAUUUUAUGAACACAAAGUUCUUUUGUAUUAAGGAGAGCAAAUAUGCGAGUAAUGCAAUUAAAACAUACAAGUACAACGUACUCACCUUCCUACCAAUGAAUUUAUUUGAACAGUUUAAGAGAGCAGCUAACUUCUAUUUCCUGGUUCUUCUUAUCUUGCAGGCAAUUCCUCAAAUCUCUACCCUGGCAUGGUACACCACCCUUGUCCCACUACUUCUGGUACUUGGCAUCACUGCAAUCAAAGACCUGGUGGACGAUGUGGCUCGUCAUAAAAUGGAUAAGGAGAUCAAUAAUAGAACAUGCGAAGUCAUUAAGGAUGGCAGGUUUAAAGUUACCAAGUGGAAAGACAUUCAAGUUGGAGAUGUCAUUCGUCUGAAGAAAAAUGAUUUUAUUCCAGCUGACAUCCUGCUGCUGUCCAGCUCUGAGCCCAACAGCCUCUGCUAUGUGGAGACGGCCGAGCUAGACGGAGAGACCAAUUUAAAGUUCAAAAUGGCGCUGGAAAUCACAGACCAGUAUCUCCAAAGAGAAGACAACUUAGCAACAUUUGAUGGUUUUAUUGAAUGUGAAGAACCCAAUAACCGGCUAGAUAAGUUCACAGGAACGCUGUUUUGGAGAAAGAGAAGUUUUCCUUUGGAUGCUGAUAAAAUUCUGUUACGUGGCUGUGUCAUUAGAAAUACUGAUGUCUGCCAUGGACUGGUAAUCUUUGCAGGUGCUGACACUAAGAUAAUGAAGAACAGUGGGAAAACCAGAUUUAAAAGAACUAAAAUUGAUUACUUGAUGAACUACAUGGUUUACACGAUCUUUGUUGUUCUCAUUCUGCUUUCUGCGGGUCUUGCCAUCGGCCAUGCUUAUUGGGAAGCACAAGUUGGCAAUUAUUCUUGGUACCUCUACGAUGGAGAAAACAUCACCCCCUCCUACCGUGGAUUCCUGAAUUUCUGGGGCUACAUCAUCGUGUUGAACACCAUGGUACCCAUCUCUCUCUAUGUCAGUGUGGAAGUGAUUCGUCUGGGACAGAGUCACUUUAUUAACUGGGACCUGCAGAUGUACUAUUCUGAAAAGGACACGCCUGCAAAGGCGAGAACCACCACGCUGAAUGAGCAGCUCGGCCAGAUCCAGUACAUCUUCUCUGAUAAGACAGGGACACUCACGCAGAACAUCAUGACCUUUAAAAAGUGCUGCAUCAACGGGCAAAUCUAUGGAGACCAUCGAGAUGCCUCUCAACACACUCGUGGCAAAAUAGAGCAAGUUGAUUUUAGCUGGAAUGCAUUUGCUGAUGGGAAACUUGCAUUUUAUGACCAUUAUCUUAUCGAGCAAAUCCAGUCAGGGAAAGAACCAGAGGUCCGGCAGUUCUUCUUCUUGCUUGCUGUUUGUCACACGGUCAUGGUGGAAAGAAUUGAUGGUCAGAUCAACUACCAGGCGGCUUCUCCCGACGAGGGCGCCCUGGUCAAUGCCGCCAGGAACUUCGGCUUUGCCUUCCUCGCCAGGACGCAGAACACCAUCACCAUCAGCGAGCUGGGCACCGAGAGGACCUACAGUGUUCUUGCCAUUUUAGACUUCAACAGCGACCGCAAGCGAAUGUCGAUCAUUGUAAAAGCCCCGGAAGGCAACAUCAGGCUAUAUUGUAAAGGCGCUGACACUGUCAUUUAUGAACGGUUACAUCCAAUGAAUCCUACAAAGCAAGAGACACAGGAUGCCCUGGAUAUCUUUGCGAAUGAAACUCUUAGAACCCUGUGCCUUUGCUACAAAGAAAUUGAAGAAAAAGAAUUUGCAGAAUGGAAUAAAAAGUUUAUGGCAGCCAGCGUGGCCUCAACCAACCGAGAUGAAGCUUUGGAUAAAGUAUACGAGGAGAUUGAAAGAGACUUAAUUCUAUUGGGAGCUACAGCUAUUGAAGAUAAACUGCAGGAUGGGGUCCCAGAAACCAUAUCAAAACUUGCAAAAGCUGACAUUAAAAUCUGGGUGCUCACUGGAGACAAAAAGGAAACUGCAGAAAACAUAGGAUUUGCUUGUGAACUUCUGACAGAAGACACCACUAUCUGCUAUGGGGAAGAUAUAAAUUCUCUUCUUCAUACAAGGGUGGAAAACCAGAGAAACAGAGGUGGAGUUUAUGCAAAAUUUGCACCUGUUGUGUACGAACCUUUUUUCCCACCUGGUGAAAACCGAGCUUUGGUCAUCACUGGUUCUUGGCUGAAUGAGAUUCUUCUAGAGAAAAAGACCAAAACAAAUAAGAUUCUGAAGCUGAAGUUCCCAAGGACAAAAGAAGAGAGACGGAUUCGAACCCAAAGCAAGAGAAGGCUCGAAGCUAAGAAAGAGCAGCGGCAGAGGAACUUUGUGGACCUGGCCUGCGAGUGCAGCGCUGUCAUCUGCUGCCGCGUCACUCCCAAGCAGAAGGCCAUGGUGGUGGACCUGGUGAAAAGGUACAAGAAGGCCAUCACACUGGCCAUUGGAGAUGGAGCCAACGACGUGAACAUGAUCAAGACUGCGCAUAUUGGUGUUGGAAUAAGUGGACAAGAAGGAAUGCAAGCCGUCAUGUCCAGUGACUAUUCCUUUGCUCAGUUCAGAUAUCUGCAGAGGCUGUUGCUGGUGCAUGGCCGGUGGUCUUACAUAAGGAUGUGCAAGUUCCUUCGAUAUUUCUUUUAUAAAAACUUUGCAUUUACUUUGGUUCAUUUCUGGUACUCCUUCUUCAAUGGCUACUCAGCACAGACCGCGUAUGAGGACUGGUUCAUCACACUGUACAACGUGCUGUACUCCAGCCUGCCGGUGCUCCUCAUGGGGCUGCUCGACCAGGAUGUGAGUGACAAACUAAGCCUCCGAUUCCCUGGGUUGUAUGUAGUGGGACAAAGAGACUUACUAUUCAACUACAAGAAAUUCUUCAUCAGCUUGUUACAUGGAAUCUUAACAUCCAUGGUCCUCUUCUUCAUUCCUCUUGGAGCUUAUCUGCAAACUGUGGGACAAGAUGGAGAAGCACCUUCAGACUACCAGUCUUUUGCUGUGACUGUUGCUUCGGCUCUCAUAAUAACGGUCAAUUUCCAGAUUGGUUUGGAUACUUCUUACUGGACUUUUGUGAAUGCUUUUUCAAUUUUUGGAAGCAUAGCACUUUAUUUUGGCAUCAUGUUUGACUUUCACAGCGCUGGGAUACAUGUUCUUUUGCCAUCUGCAUUUCAAUUUACAGGCACCGCUUCCAAUGCCCUGAGGCAGCCAUACAUUUGGUUGACCAUCAUCUUGACUGUUGCAGUGUGUUUAUUGCCUGUCGUUGCUGUCCGCUUCUUGUCAAUGACCAUUUGGCCAUCGGAAAGUGAUAAGAUCCAGAAGCAUCGCAAGCGGUUGAAGGCCGAGGAGCAGUGGAAGCGGCGGCAGAACGUGUUUCGCCGGGGCGCGUCGUCUAGGCGCUCGGCCUACGCCUUCUCGCACCAGCGCGGCUACGCGGACCUCAUCUCCUCGGGGCGCAGCAUCCGCAAGAAGCGCUCGCCACUGGACGCCAUCAUCGCCGACGGCACGGCCGAGUACCGGCGCACGGUGGAGAGCUGAGCGCCAGCCUCGCGGGUCGCGCACGCCCGGAAAUGUCUUUUUUUUUUUUUUUUAUGAAAAACUCUCAGGAACU